UCCCUGUUGUUUAUGAGGUGAUGCAAAAGAUACCAAAAUAAAUGCAAAGGAGAGUGUUGUACGGGUACGGAAACCUCUUAGUCCAUCACAAAAAAUUAUCAAAGAAUUUAAGAAGAGAGAACUGCUUAAGUACGGGUCACCAAAGGUCAGUCAGGAAACACAAAAAUAUAGUGCAACAGAGUGGCAUGUUCUGUACACCACACAAAUGACUCAGAAGGCAAAGAAGUACCAUGAUGGUUUCUUACGACUAAAUGUUCGUGGAUCCAGUGGGGCACAGGUUAUGCUGUUUGAUACAAGCAGGAAACUCUUAGACAGCAGAUUUCUUAAGAAGGAUGAUGUAAUCAAACCUGGUGAAUCAAUUGCAUUUGAUUCAUAUUUGAUUGACAUUGGUGAGCUUCAAGCAAGAUGUACCCCGGAUUCCAAUGUUCUAAGAGACAAGUGUACUAACAUUGAGAGUAUGAAGAUGGACACGGACACACAGAAAAUUUCUCUCGGCACUGACACCCAUGUAACCGGUAGAAAAAGUGAAUGGAAGGUCCUGUACACUUCACAAUUAACUCAAAAAGCCAAGAAGUAUCACGAUGGCUUUUUACAACUUGAAUUGUGUGGAUCCCGCGGGAAGCAGGUUGUUCUGUGUGAUUUGAACAAAAAACCUUUAGAACGCAGGUUCCUAAAGAAAGAUGAAAUUGUAAGAGCGGGUGAAUUAGUAUAUUUUGAUGGACAUUUAGUUGAAGUAGGAGAACCUGAAGGAAGUCAUCACUCUCCAGCAAAGUUGAAAGAAGGAUGUAAUGGUAAUGAUGUUUUUGAGAGGAAACAAGAACAUGGACACAAUGGCUGUCACAAGGUCAAACCAUCUGUUGCUGAAGGACAACCUCCGAGGGAGCCUUGUCUAGGGCAAGAUUCAGUAUUGAACUCCACCGAGAUUGAAGGGAUAAAAUCAAACAGGAGAGCCCCACCUAUCAAGCCUUUACGUGAUGCCAAUCAAAUAUUAUCCUUUUUACAAGACCCUAACCUGAAGUCCCAGGAGAUUUAUGUACCAGCUGGCUAUUCGCCCAAUGGGUAUUGUCAAAAUAUUACGGAUAUGGAAUCGACUAGGACUAUGAAAUCCCUCGAUAUUACGUCUUCCGAAACAGCAUGUAGUGGUGGCAAUUUCCAAUUUACCGAGAAUGUCAAAAUGUCCCUCCAGAAAGAUGCCCAGACAGAUACGAGUGAGGCAGAUAUUGGUUUAUUCAUAUCAAGUUCGGGAAAUCACUCUUGCCUCUUUACCGAUGAAGAGAAGAGUGGUGAGAAGUUCUCGUGUAAAGAGGAAACGUUCCCAAGCUUUGACCUUGGAUUUUAACAGGUAAUGCAUCGUAAACUCAUUUAUGUUAUCUCCUAGUUAUUUCUGGGAAGCAGACGCUCGUCCUACUGUCCUUGACGUUUUCUAUACUACUGCAACCUUCUCGUGUACUUGGGGAUAUAGCUUAGACGAUAAUCAUUUAAAAGUUGAAAUGAAGAACGAAGCAUUUCACGUCCUAGACGUUUUCUAUCUAUAUAAUUAAUUGGAGGGAGGAAGUUUGAAUCAGG